AAGUAAUUUUAAAUGAAUUCGUUCUUUUUCUUCCAAUUAAACAAGUCUAAAGUGAAACUAAUUCAUAAGGUAUAAAUAAAUAAAUCCUACUAAAGUAAAAAACCGGUGAGAGGGGAUUCCGUCGAAGAUAAGGAUGGACGACGGCCGGAAUUGCAACGGCACAGUCGUUAAAGAAGCGGAAAAUCAAAAGCAGACGGUGUGCAGACGGUGCAAACAGCUGUACACGGCGGUAUCCAAUUCUCCUGAUUCUUGCCGAUUUCACCCCUCAUUCUUCGUCUGCCGCCGCCACGACGAUCAAAAGAGGUACUACGAACUGGGGCCAGACGAUCCGCCCUAUGCCGCCAAGUUCUAUGACUGUUGUGGAGCUGAAGACCCAGAUGCACCCGGCUGCACCACCGGUUUUCAUAUUUCAUACGAUGAUGAAUAAUCACAUCCCAGUUACCGCUACCAUUGUGCAUAAAUAAGAUGGACAAGGCCACGAAUUUCACGGGCGACAUCACCACAGCCAAACAUGGAUCCAUCUAAAUGAAGCUGGUGAGAAUGCAGAAAGAGCCUCGUGACAACAUAACUUUUUCUAGUUGAAGCUGGCAUGAAGAAUAAAUGAUAGAUAACAUAAGUGGUACACCUCUUUUUAGUCUGUAUCUGUCCCCACGUUUGCACACUGUCCAUUUUGAUUUCACCUCCAUGUCCAUGUGCAUGCUUUUAUUUUAUUUAAUACGCAUAUUUGCAAUCUUGAAAUUUCAAUAUGACAUAUUGUGGUGCUACAUUAUUUAUUAUCUGCCAGUUAAGUGUCAACUCAUUUGGUUUGGAUUCUCGGAAACGUACUGCUCCGAAUUAGUAGGUUUUUGUGUCAGAAAUUGUACUAACUUAUACUAGUUGUAAAAUACUCCGAAUUAAUAAUGUAAAAUAGUUUUGUUGUUA